GAAGCGCAGGACCAGUUGUUGGUACUGGAUAUCCAUGCUCACGUUCCAGGAGGAGGCUGAAAAGGGGUCUCAACCAGUACAGCUGACCAGGAUGGAAUAUGCAAUGAAGUCCCUCAGCCUUCUUUCUCCCAAGUCUCUUUCCAGUUGGGUAGCAGUAAAUACCUCUGUGGUAAAACAGCAGCUGUUGGCUGAAACGAGUUACGUGACCAAAGCCCUACCCUACCGCGUGAGCAAUGCUGAUCGGAGUGUUCGGAAAGGGAUCAUGGCUGGUAGUCUCUUAGACCUCAGCCACAAGGUACAAGAAGCUCUGUCAGUGGUAGACUCCUUCUCCCUGGUUCUGGAAGAAGACGGUACUAUCAUAGAAACAGAGGAGUAUUUCCAGACACUAAAUGAAGACACAGUUCUCAUGGUCCUAGAGAAGGGGCAGAAAUGGCGACCAGCACCCCACCAGGGGUCUGGAUAUGAGCUCUCACUCUCUCAAAAGCCCUCUAAGAGGAUGGAUGUGGCCUCUGUGACCUUUGACUUAUACAAAGCAAGGCCAGAUGACUUCAUUGGCUGUGUGAAUGUGAAAGCAACACUGUAUGGCAACUAUACACUGUCCUGUGAUCUGCACUGCUAUGGGGCCAAGCGCAUCAUGAAGGAAGCUCUCCGAUGUGCACUCUUCACCAUGCAGGCCACUGGUCAUGUCCUUCUGGGGACCUCCAGCUUCAUGCAACACCUCCUUGAAGACACAGAGAAGCCACAGGCCCUGGAGGGGGGCAUACUGCCUCUCCCAACAAAGCUCAUAGUCCCUUCCCUUAUGAGAAUGCUACAGUGAAACCUCUGGCCAAACACUGAACUGCAGAGAGCUCAGAGUGCUCCUGACUGCCUGGGAGUAUUUUCACCAGGAUUUCUGCUGGUCUAUCCAGUCUUUCCACCCUCCUGCUAUUAUACCACAAAGUCAGAGGAACAGCAGAAGCAAUGGGUGUGGACUGAAGGGGAAGCCGUGGGCUUUCUUGUUCCCUUUUCCCCUAACUCUGCCCCAAAGAGUCUGGCCAACCCCUUACCUGGUCAGAGUGACCUAUGCUAUAAGUCAUAGUCCUCUGGGACCCAUGAUCGCUGUAACACUGAAUAUGCAUUUCCCUAUGCUUGCCUCACUCCAGCAUUGCCUCAUAUUGUCAUAAAUUAAACCCACUAUGGUGGGAUAGAUUUGUAAUAUGUAACCUAUGGAAAUUACUGCUUCUUUGUCUCUUUUUCUUGACAAUUUUGUGCCUAUGUGUGGAUCUACAGGGUUGGGUGACUAUGCGGGCAGAGAUCCAUAGGCUGUGAAUUCGACAGCUGCAGCAAAUUGGGACCACUCCCUGUGCCACUGGAAUAAGAGCUUCUGGAAUUUGAGGAGUUUGAAAAAGAGAGGGCUGGAUCAGCCUCUUCCCAUUUCAAUUCCUUCACUUGGUGGCACAAAUGUGUACGUGGGUGUAGAGCUAAGCAAUCCCAUUACGGAUGGAGGGAAAGGGGAGCCCACCCACAAAACAAGUGUUGCAAAGCAGAUUUAUAAAAAUUUUUUCUUUGUAGCUAGAUGGAGACGGGAAUAGGAUGCUUUGGGGCUUGUUAUCUAUGUCCAGUUUGGGGUGACACUGUCACCACUCUCUAGGUUGAGGUGGUGUAAGGGUAUCAAAGAUAGCACCCCAGACUUGUACGAAGUAAUGCAGAGUGAAUUGAGCAGAAUCAGGGAAACAAUCUAUACAACAACAGCAAUAUUGAAAAACAAACAAAUUGGAAAGAUCUGGGAACUCUGAUCAACAGAAUGACCAACCACAAUUCCAGAGCAAUUGGACUCAGGGGAGCAAUGGACUCAGAAUGCAGACUGAGACAUACAUGUAUCUUUUUGGACAUGGCCAGUGUAGGAAUUU